CUUAUUGGGCUUAAUUGAAAACUAACAUGGGCUAAUUCCAAUCAACCCUAACGAACCCUAACUCUCAAAAUCGAUUGUGUUCGUAUGUAAUCAACCUACCGCUAUUCGACGCCCACGAUAAUCCUUCUGGAGAAGACAUGAUGCUCGUGGUUUAGCAACGGAAAAGAUAGCGACAUACGUUGAGUUAGGAGAGAAUGGAUUCCAGGCAUGGUAAAGUUAGAAUGAAAGUAGAAGGUGAUAGACUAAGCACCUUGCCAGACGAUCUUAUCCAUAAAAUCCUCUCUUUCAUUGACAUUAAACAUGCGAUCAGAACAAGUGCUUUGUCAUCUAGAUGGAGGUAUAUUUGGACUUCAAUGCCUUGUCUUAGUUUCUCAAAUGAGCAUUUCCAUUCAUUGCCCGAGUUCUCCGAAUUUGUUACACAUGUUCUGUCUGCCCGAAACAAUCAAACGGAAGUGCAUUCUGUCAAGCUCGCUUUUCGUGGAAAGGCUAGCCAGCCGUUUGUAAAAAGAAUUUUGAACUAUGCAUUCUCCCACAAUGUCCAACAACUGAAUAUCACUUUCUUCAGUUUCUUGCAUGAAGAUUAUAUGACCAAAACCUAUCUUUCUGCAUUUAGUUCUCAGUCUCUUAAAAAUCUCACUCUGUCUAGGUGUGGUUGUGCUUGCAAAGAUUUCAUCACCAACUCACCUACUUGGUAUCUGCCAGCUUUAACAACAUUGAAUCUCCAUCAUUGCUCAUUCUUUGGUGAGAAAUUCCUGGUCUUUUCUCCAACUGUGCAAACUUGAAGAAUCUCACCUUAAAGAAUUUCAAUACGAUGAAAUUGCAUGGUUUUAAUAUAAUUCAUCCUAGACUAUCUAGUCUAACACUUGAAGAUGGUGGUAUUGAUGUCAAUGUGGCUACGCCUCGACUUAAGAAUCUCACUGUGAUAAACUGGUCAAGGAUGCUUUUGGUUGAUGCACCCGAUCUUGCCUCCUUGCAUUAUAAAGAUCAUCAUGGUAAACUUUUGAAGUUUUCUACUGAGCUUCGUCACUUGGAGAAGGUGGUUGUAUGUAUUCAAUGUUCCAAUGAAGAUAAGGAAUAUACUCGUAACAUUGUUUGUCUUCUUCAACAGCUCCGUAGUGUCAAAUUUCUUACACUUAACUUGGAACUUGUCAAGUGUCUUUCUUCAUCGGUGGAAUUAAUUUCACAUCAACCUUCGCCAUUUACUAACUUAAAGAGUUUAAAGAUUUAUCCAGCUGAUGUUUCCAAGCCAGAAGUAACCAUGUAUACUGAAGUUAAAAACUAUUUGCUAGGUAGUUCUCAAGGUGCCACCUUCACAUUGGUUUCAUAUGAGGAGGUUAGAGCUGUGAUGGAUGUUACAUCAGCACGAAACCUUAUGACAAAAUUGAAGGUGCUACUAGAUCAAUGGCAAGAAUAUAGUGAAACUAAGAUGGCUCAUAUAGAGCAAGACGAGGCACCAAUGGAGACGGUACAUGAGCAAGUGAAAGUGGAAGAACAGACAGACACGAAAAUGAAGUGGCAUUUUGGGGGAAGAAUGGCACAAAUCAAAAGCUAUUGGGGAGAUCUGAAUGAUCAGUGUGAGAAAGCGUCUAAUAAUAUGGGCCUCAUAAGUUCAAUGUUGCAAGAGACUAUAGAAGUAAUGACAAGGCUGCCUACAUCACAUCAGGCUAAGUUGCAAGAAAGGUUUUUUGGUUUGUCUGCAGAGGCUGAGACUAUCAUGGAAGGUGUGAUGGAUCGCAUGAAGAUCCUAUUUGAUAAGAGGCCGAGCCAUUCAAAUGUCUACUUUCAUGAACUUGCAGCAUCACAAUCGCUUUCUUGACAAAUUCGAACCACCGGUUUCUACAAGAAAGGACGGCUAAUAUAGGAGCUUAUGAUUUUUAGGUCGGGCAAGUUCAAAUCCCAUCUUCAGUAAAUUAAUUUUCUUUUAUUAGGUUGCCAAUUUUUUACUUAAUAGCUCAAACCUUUAAUUUUUUUUUUUUGAUAAUGGGAGCCAAACAAGCUCUCAAGUUUUAUGAAGUUGUAUUUGUAACCCUUUCAUAUUUUCCACACUACUAGAAAACUGCUACUAUUCUCACGUCAAUUUCCGUGGGAAAUCCGUGGGUAACUGCGUUUACCCACGGAUUUCCCACGAAAAUGGGCCGUAGGAAUCCCGUCGGGAAUUGCCGACACUUUUCCUACGCAUAACGAUUCCUACGAAUUUCUGACUAAUGGUUAAAAUGAAAACGGAUUUCGUGAGAGAUCUGUCGGAAUUUUCCUACAUUUUUCCUACGCAAACCAAUUUGUCGUUUUUUUGUGGCUUUUUUUGUCACAAAACUAAGACCCUUUCUAAUACGUCGGAAUUUCGUAGGAAAUGUGUCGCCAUUUUCAUUCGUAGGAAAUUUUGGUAGGAAUAAUAGCAGUUUUCUAGUAGUGCCAGUUUUCCUACCCUAUUUGGUCUUUUAUACUGCUUUCAUGUUUCAUCUCCAUGUUAAUAGCGGGCUAGAGCUAUGGUCGGCAACCCUUUUGGAGCAAUUUGGGAUGGUGAAGUGACGUUAUAUAUUUUUUGUGCUUGUGAACUUAUUAUAUCUUAAGACAUGUUUUCUUUUGCUACUACUGCUACCGUACGUAGGAAUUUACCUAUAUGAAAGGCUUAAAUGGUUCUUGUAAUUAAGUCUACUGGCACUCUUACUGAUCUUUGGUUUGUAAUAUCUUCAGUUAUGGUACUUACCUAUAUGAAAGGCUUAAAUGGUUUUUGUAAUUAAGUCUACAUUUCCAUCUUUUGAGUGUAUGCUGUAACUUUUUGGGGGAA